AACCACUAAGCGAUCAUGAGUUUCCGAGGACGAGGCGGUGGUGGUGGUGGAUUCGGAGGCCGCGGUGGAGGAGGCGGCGGCGGCGGAUUCGGUGGCCGUGGUGGUGGUGGCGGAGGUGGUGGAUUCCGUGGAGGACGUGGUUUCGGUGGCCGCGGUGGAGGUGGUCGAGGCGGUUUCGGUGGCCGCGGUGGUUUCGGAAGAGACGAAGGGCCGAAGAAUGUCGUCCCUCUGGGGUACUACGAUUACCCUUGCCAGGAAGACCUGGUAGCCAAGGUAGAAGUUGAAAAUGUUCCCUUCUUCAAUGCCCCGAUCUACAUGGAGGGCGAGAAGCAGAUCGGCAAGGUGGACGAAAUUUUCGGCCAUCUGCGGGAUUUCUACGUGUCGAUCAAGUUGAUGGAAAACAUGAAACCGGACGGAUUCCAACCGAAGCAGAAACUGUUUAUCGAUUCUGCUAAACUGCUGCCAUUGGCGAGGUUCCUGCCUGAUAACAAUAAGAAACCGGGCGGUCGAGUCGGUAAACCUGGUGGUGGCCGUGGAGGCGGUGGUGGACGAGGAGGCUUCCGUGGUGGUCGCGGUGGUCCAGGCGGCGGACGAGGAGGUGGCGGUUUCGGUGGCCGAGGAGGAGGUGGCUUCGGUGGACGAGGAGGCGGCGGAGGCUUCCGUGGCAAUCGUGGCGGUGGAGGUGGGGGCGGCGGCGGUGGUAAACGGUGGUAG